AGUAUGGCGGCUCCUGCGGAGCCCCCGAGGAAGCGGCGCGGCGGAGCGGCCGCCCCGCGGCCGGAGGCGCCGGGAGACCCCGGCCGGGAGCCCCCCAGGCCCCGACCCCGCCUCCGCCUCCUUCUCCGGCCGGGCACCUUCUGGCUGACCCGCAUCGUGCUCCUCAGAGCACUAGCUUUCGUCUACUUCGUGGCAUUCUUGGUGGCCUUCCAGCAAAAUAAGCAGUUAAUCGGAGACAAGGGACUGUUACCGAGCGCGGUGUACCUGGCGAGUGUCAAACGCUACUUCAAAGGGAAAAUUGACUGGGAUUCCUUGAGCUAUGCACCAACCUUGGUCUGGUUCCUGGACUGGGGCAACAUGGACUCCAUCCUGGAUUGCUUGUCUGCGCUGGGCCUGGUGGUUUCAGCGUUCAUCCUGGUGACCGGCUGUGCCAACAUGAUCCUCAUGACCAUUCUCUGGAUUCUCUACCACUCCCUGGUCAAUAUCGGGCAGAUCUGGUAUUCUUUUGGAUGGGAAUCGCAACUUCUGGAAACCGGAUUUCUGGGCAUUUUCCUGUGCCCUCUCUGGAGCCUCUCCAGGACGCCCCUGCGCUCCCCACCAUCCCUCAUCGUCAUCUGGGGAUUUCGGUGGCUCAUUUUCAGGAUCAUGCUUGGUGCGGGCCUGAUUAAGAUUCGGGGCGAUAGCUGCUGGCGACAGCUGACGUGCAUGAACUACCACUAUGAGACGCAGCCGGUGCCCAACCCCCUGGCCUACUAUCUGCACCGCACCCCAUGGUGGUUCCAUCAGCUGGAGACGUUGUUCAAUCACUUCAUCGAGCUGGUCGUGCCCUUCUUCCUGUUCCUGGGACGCCGCAUGGGCAUCGUUCACGGUGUGCUGCAGAUCCUCUUUCAAGUUCUCCUCAUUGUCAGCGGGAACCUGAGUUUCUUGAACUGGCUCACCAUCGUGCCCAGCCUCGCCUGCUUCGAUGAUGCCACCCUGGGCUUUGCUUUCAGCUCCAGACCGGGAGGAGUCAAAGCGCGGGUAGCCGAGCUGCAGGCCAGAGGGGUCGAGGAGUCCCGACCGCGCCUCGGUGCCCUGGUCCGACGUGUCCUGGACAUCUCCUUUGGGGUCCUGAUUGCCUGCCUCAGUAUCCCCGUGGUGAUGAAUCUGCUCAAUUCCAAACAAGUCAUGAACACCUCAUUCAACUCCCUCCGGAUCGUCAACACCUACGGGGCUUUCGGAAGCAUCACCAGAGAGAGGACAGAAGUGAUCCUCCAGGGCACGGCCAGCCUCGAUGCCCAUGACCCGGCUGCGGUGUGGGAGGAAUACGAGUUCAAGUGCAAACCCGGGGGGUUGAAGAGGAGACCCUGCCUCAUCUCUCCCUACCACUACCGCCUGGACUGGCUCAUGUGGUUUGCCGCUUUCCAGACUUACGAGCACAAUGAUUGGAUAAUCCACCUUGCCGGCAAGCUCCUAGCCAAUGAAAAGGCAGCCCUGUCCCUGGUGGCGUUCAACCCGUUCGAGGGGAAAGAGCCCCCAAGAUGGGUCAGAGGAGAACACUAUCGAUACAAGUUCAGCCGUCCCGGGGGCCAGCACGCAGCUGAAGGGAAAUGGUGGAUUCGAAAGCGGAUUGGCCCUUACUUUCCCGCGCUGAACCUCACGGGGCUGAGGAACUUUUUCCAGGCUCGACAGUGGCCUCUCCCCAGGCCCAGUUAGAGUGAAGCCGGUUGAAAGCCCGCAGCCGGAGCCCGGCACUUUGGUCCCGGAAGUCAGAGGUGGCAGCGCCUCUGAGAAAAAUAGCUCAAAAUGUAACCCUGGAAUGCCCGAGCCUGGCCCGGGACACUCUGGUCUGACACCCACUGUCCAGGACAUAUUGCCCCGCCACACGCCGGACCCGCCCACACAAACUCAGACCACUCUGACCCAACACACCCGAUCCCAGCACACACCAGUUCUGACUCGCAACAGCUAAACUCAUCGACCUCAUGGUUUCCCUGUUUCCUCCGCUCACCCUCCCCAUCCCCUCGUAACCUGCUCUGCCUCCCCUACUGUUCCUUGUGUCCACAGGGAAGAGAACUCACCAACUGUCUGGGGCCAAUACCCACAAAUACACACAAAUUUCCACUGACACACAAGUGCCCAUAAACACAUGCAAAAACAUAAACCCUCUCAUACCUCUACAAGUGGACAUAAAUACACCCAAGUACCCACAAGUGCUCUAAAACACCACAAGUGCACACAGACAUUCCCAGGAGCAAUAAAGGUGGAGAUGAAAGGAGA